CGCAACAACUAGCGCGCAAAAUGUUUGCACUGGGUGAAGUUUCGCGUUGUGCCGCGAAGAGCGGUCGUUGCUGCCUAAAUCUACAACAUAAAUCCAGGUGAUUAGUAGCGCACAAAUGGAGGGACCAGCUGCAGAGGCUGCGGAGGCAGGGACCGCCGGUCAAGCCAGCGCCCCGCAAACAGCUGCGCCUGCGGCCGUCGCAGCAGCGAAAGAACCGCAAGGCGAUACUCUGUCAGCUGCACAGCACCAACCAGGCACCGCUCCGCCGUGCUCGCACGCGGUUAUCGGCAAGGUUCUGGGCGCAUCCAUCGGCACGGCGGCAACACCCGGUGCACCGGCCUCCUCCCCCGAGCGUGGCGAGACCGCUCCUACGGCCGCCGACCAAAGCCAACCAGCAAGCGCAGCGCCAGAAGCACCAGCGGCUGAAACCUUGCUCGCUCCAGCUGGGCAGGGCGACGGUGGCGCUGACAUUGACGAUGACUCGGAGCCGGAGCCGCUGGACAUUGACGGUGCAGAGGUGCUCGAGCCGGGCGAUGGCAUUGACUCCUCGCUGGUACAUCAAGAGGCUCUGGUUAUCUGCCAGGCACGGGAACUGGCAAAGGCCUGCGCGCGCUUGAGGGGCGAGCGCGUGCAAGGAGCGCUGGACAAGGCGGCUGCGCGCAUGGCGCGUCGCGCCUCGAAGCUGCCCGGCGGCGGCCCGCAGGACCCCGAGCCCCUCACGCCAGAGGAGCGCACCGCCCUCACGGCGGCGCUCAAGGAAGCGGGCGCGGCGACGUCGUUCUGCCACACGGGCGACCCAGUGCCCGAGGGCGUGUCGGCGGUGGAGCGGCUGGCGCUGCAGGCCUUUGCGGGCGUGGACCUGGACCUCAGCUCGGCACCAGCGCUGCAGCCCCACGAGCUACAGCCGGCGGCGGCGCUGGAGCUGCAGCCGCCGCAGCCGCAGCUGGGUGCGCAGCUGCUGCUGCCGCAGCCGCAGCCACUGCCGCAGCCGCAGCAGGUGGCGUCCGGGGCAGGGCCUGGCGCGCAGGGCCAGGCUGAAGGCACGGCGGAGGGGGCGGGGGCAGGAGCAGGCGCAGCCGCCGAUGUGCAGCCGGGCGGCAUGGUGGGGUCUGGUCCGGCUGCAGCAGCUGCGGCAGAGGAGGGCGCUGCAGGCGUGGAGGGCAGCGGCGGUGGUGACGGGGAGGAGGGCAUUAACGUUGAGCUGCUCAUUCGUGCGGGUCCUGACCGGGUGCGGCUGCUGGUGGGUGCGCUGAGCCUGCUGCUGCGGCGCUGCCUGGCGCCCGCGCGCGUGUUCCCUGUGCUGCUGCUGGGCCGGCGGCUGGGGCUACCGGAGCUGGAGGAGGCGGCGCUGAUGGCGGCCAUCGUCAACUUCGGGCCGGCGGUGCGGGCGGGGCGCCAGGCGUUCCUGCAGCUGGAGCCGGGGCCGCUGCUGCUCAUCGUGUCAAAUUCGCAGCUGCAGGUGUCGAGUGAGCUGGAGGUUUGGCAGGCCAUCACGGACUGGGUGGGUGCGGCGCCGGCGGGGCGGCGGCCGCUGCUGUACGAGCUGUUGCGUGCGGGUGUGCGGCUGGGCGCCAUGGACACACUGCAGCUGGACGCGGUGCAGAGGCACCCGCUCCUGCAGGGCGGCGACCCGGGCCCAGCCGCCCGGCUGGUGAACGCAGCGUACUCGGCCCGCAUCAUCAGCAACGUCACACGCAGCCAGAGCCAGGGCCACGGCACCGGCGGACGACACCACGGCCGCGUGUCCUUCUCCGGCGGCCCGGGCAGUGGCGGCGGCGGCAGCGACGGCGGUGGCGGUGGCGGCGGCCGCACCAGCCUGUCGGGGUCGGGGGCAGCAACGGUGGGCGGGUUGCUUGGCGGGCUGGGGCAGUCGCAGCAGCGCAGACCGCACGCCGCGCUGCAGCAGCUUAUUGGCGGGCUGCAGGCGCGCGCGGCGGCGGCCAAGGCGAAGCAGCAGCAGCGGCAACAGCUGCAGUCACAAUCGCAACCUCAUCAGCACCAGGCGGGGGCGGCGCCGCAGCAAAGCUUGGGGUCGGGGGACUCGGGCGAAGGGCGCCUCAUUGGCAACGGCACGCGCGAGGGCAGUGCGCCGCCGCCGCCCAUGCUCCAGGAGACUGCCGGUGGCGCAUUGCCGCCGCGGCCGCCCGGCUCCUUCCUUCAGCCGCAGAACCGCCCUCGCAGUCCGCUUCUUAGUUCCUCGCUACCCCAGGGCGGCCCCGGGCUCGGCGCGCUAGCGCCCACGCCAACGUCUGCAGGCGCACCCGUGCCGCCGCCUGGCAGCCUCGGCGCGCCCGCGUCUUCUUCCAAGUCGGCGCUUGCGCAGAUGAUUGUGCAGGCGGCGGGGCUCAGCCGCAUCUCCGUUGGCGGCGAGGGCGGCCGCAACCGGCUGGGCGCGGUGCAGGCGGCGCUGAGCGGCGCGCUGUCCAACCCGCAGCUGCAGGAGAUGCUGCGCAAGGCCAAGAUGGGGCAGAUGGGCGGCGGCACCGGCGCGGGGGCAGGCGUGCGGGGCGGGGUCGGUGCCUGGGGCACUGUUCCUGACAGCGGGCCUGCAGCCGCAGGCGGCAACGGGCUUGGUCCGGGGAAUGGGACGGCGGCAGGCGCUGCGACACACCAGCGGCCACCACCGCUUGCGAUGCCGUCGGAGGCAGGCGGUUGCGGCUUGGGGACAGGAAUGACGCCGGCAUCGGCAUCGGCUACGGCAUCAACCGGCCUGUUCAGCCCGCCGCCAGCCACUGGGUUAGGGUCGGCCACGUCUACGUCCACUUCCGGCGGCGCGCCGCUGCUCGGGCAGACGCCGGGCGGCGCGGGCAGCUCGGGCGGCCCCGGCAGCACGCGGCCCGCGGUCGCACUGGCGCCGCAGCAGCUGCUGCAGAUCGCGGCGGCGGUGCAGAAGGCGGUGGCCAGCGGCCAGGCGCAGCCGCCGCACGUGCAGCAGCAGCUGGCCAACCUGCGUGCCUUCAUCGCGCGCCACCUCGCCGCCACACCCGCCGGCUCGCCGCAGCACUCCAUGCUGACGCAGCUGCAGGCCAUGCUCGCGGGCGCGGGCCAGCAGCCGGGGGCGGCAGCGGCGCAGGACGACGGCGGCGCAGCGGCGCCGGUGCCCGCACCCGAGCCGUCACAGCAGCAGCAGCAGCAGCAGCAGCCAGGGGAGGAGGAGGGUGGUGGCGCUCCCGCCGUGGGCAGUUGUGGGUUGGUAGUUGUGGACGGGAUGGCGGCGGUGACAAGGACUGACGCCGGCGGCGGCAAGGGCACGGAUGGCGGGGUCCCUCAAGCUGGGGAUGCCAGCGACGCAACAGAGCCGCUAGCGAAGCGUCAACGGCAAGAAGCAUGAGCGCGCGAUUUGGGGGGCGGCGUACGAUUGCGUGGCUUAGCUCGGGAAGCUGUUGUGUGGCUCGUUGAAUGCCAAUAGGCGUACAUGCUCGGCUAGCGGUGGCAAUCGCGCUGACAUUUUUGGGAUUGCUGAAGCAUGACUUGAUCACAUAAUGGCACGCUUGCGGGCCACUGAGUGACAUGUGUUGGGCUGUUGGGCAGGGUGACAGACCAUGGAGU